AUGGUCCCAUCGGCUUCCAUCGAUGAUACGGUGCGGUGGAAGGUGGUGGCGCAAGAACUGCAGCGGCGAACUAUUUGCGUCCGUGCCGAGGGGGAGCUGCAGUCGGCGACCGUGAUGUCGCUGUACCCGGGUCUGAAGAAGCGGCAGAACUCGAUUCUGCUGGAUAGGAAACUGCAGCAGGCUGAAUACGAGGCUGCAGUAGGCGUCUUUGACGACGCUGAUGUGGGGCUGCAGCAGCGGCGGAAUGUGAUCGCGCCUGACUGGAGGCUGCAACGGGCGACUUUGACGUCGCUUACACGAGGUUCCAGUAGCGGCCGAAUGUGAUCGCGCCGGACUGGAAGCUGCAGCGGGCGACUUUGACGUCGCUUACACGGGGCUGCAGUAGCGGCGGAAAGUGAUCGCGCCGGACUGGAAGCUACAGCCUGCGUGGAGAGUGUGUGUGUGUAACUGCUGCCGAA